UCAUUCGCUUAUAUUUUGUUUGGUUGCUGUUAAGGGGGUGGUGGUAUUGUUCAUCAAGAAGUUUCAUCAGAUUUAAUUUGAAGAUUGUUGGAGUGCAGAAAAUGGAAAGGUAAAAGCGGGGUUGAGGGGGUGUUUACCUUGACUUGGAAGAAGCCCUGGAAGCAAAGUCGGUCCUUUUUUGGGGUCUGGAUCCUGGAGUGAGGUAGCUGAGUUUUUUAAUGGCGUUCUCUUCUCGGCGUGGAGGAUGGGCUCACUCUUUGCUUCCCUCUUCCAAUUCCAAAUCCAAGCUACCCAGAAAGGCUCGCAAGAGGACCUUCCUCAAGGACUUCUUCUUGGCCAACUUUUUCACAAUCGGCCUCUCGCUCUCCCUCAUCUUCCUCCUCUUUAUCACCUUCCGAUACGGGGUCCCCAAGCCCCUGGCCUUCAAAUCAAGCAACUCUCGCCUGCCCAAGCUCAGAAAACAGGGUCCCAGGAAGCCCAUUUCGCCGGAGGUCGCGGGUUCGGGGGCUGCGGUUGAUAUCACCACCAAGGAUUUGUAUGAUAAGAUCGAGUUCUUGGAUAAGGAUGGUGGGCCGUGGAAGCAAGGUUGGGUAGUGAAUUACAAAGGGAACGAGUGGGAUUCGGAGAAAUUGAAGAUUUUUGUAGUGCCGCAUUCGCAUAACGAUCCGGGUUGGAAGCUCACAGUCGAAGAGUACUACGAUCGGCAGUCGCGCCAUAUACUUGAUACCAUCGUCGAGACGCUUUCCAAGGAUGCUCGCCGCAAGUUUAUAUGGGAAGAGAUGUCUUAUCUGGAGAGAUGGUGGAGGGAUGCCUCUGAUACUAGAAAAGAAGCCUUCACCAAUCUGGUCAAGAAUGGGCAAUUAGAAAUUGUUGGAGGUGGAUGGGUGAUGAAUGAUGAGGCUAAUUCGCAUUAUUUUGCCAUAAUUGAGCAGAUUACAGAGGGAAAUAUGUGGUUAAAGGACACCAUUGGGGUUGUUCCUAAAAAUUCUUGGGCAAUAGAUCCAUUUGGUUACUCUCCGACCAUGGCUUAUCUUCUUCGUCGCAUGGGCUUUGAAAACAUGCUUAUCCAGAGGACCCACUAUGAGCUGAAGAAAGAGCUUUCUUGGCACAAGAAUUUGGAGUACAUAUGGCGUCAGAGCUGGGAUGCUGAGGAAUCCACAGAUAUUUUUGUCCAUAUGAUGCCCUUCUAUUCAUAUGAUGUUCCACAUACUUGUGGACCCGAGCCUGCUAUCUGUUGUCAGUUUGACUUUGCUCGAAUGCGUGGCUUUAUGUAUGAACUCUGUCCAUGGGGGCAACAUCCAGUAGAGACCAACCAGGAAAAUGUGCAAGAGAGAGCACUGAAACUACUAGAUCAAUAUAAGAAGAAAUCAACACUAUACCGGACAAAUACACUGCUUGUUCCUCUGGGAGAUGAUUUUCGUUAUAUCAGCAUCGAUGAAGCAGAAGCUCAGUUUAGGAAUUACCAGCUGUUAUUUGAUUAUAUUAAUUCUAAUCCCAGUCUAAAUGCAGAAGCCAAGUUUGGUACUUUGGAAGACUAUUUCCAUACACUACGGGAGGAGGCUGAUAGAAUAAAUUAUUCACGUCCUGGUGAGAUUGGCUCUGGCCAGGUUGGAGGUUUUCCUUCACUCUCAGGUGACUUCUUUACAUAUGCUGAUAGACAACAUGACUAUUGGAGUGGCUAUUAUGUAUCAAGACCUUUCUUCAAGGCUGUUGAUCGGGUGCUGGAGCAGACAUUACGAGCUACAGAAAUGCUGAUAGCUUUAUUGCUAGGACACUGCCAUAGAGCUCAAUGUGAAAGGUUGCCAACUGGCUUUGCCUACAAGUUGACUGCAGCAAGAAGAAACUUAGCUCUUUUCCAGCAUCAUGAUGGGGUAACUGGCACUGCUAAGGAUCAUGUGGUUGAGGAUUAUGGAACUCGGAUGCAUACAUCUUUGCAGGACUUGCAAAUUUUCAUGUCUAAAGCUAUAGAAGUACUGCUUGGAAUCCGUCAUGAAAAAUCUGAUCAGACCACAGCCCAGUUUGAGCCAGCACAGCUAAGAUCCAAAUAUGAUAUCCAGCCAACUCACAGAGCAAUUAGCCCUCCAGAAGGAAGUGCUCAGUCUGUGGUAUUUUUUAAUCCAUUGGAGCAAACAAGGAAUGAGGUUGUGAUGGUUGUGGUUAAUCGGCCAGAUGUAACUGUUUUGGCUUCCAACUGGACAUGUGUUAAAAGCCAAGUUUCCCCUGAGUGGCAACAUGAUAAAAGCAAGAUUUUCACUGGGAGGCAUCGUGUCCAUUGGAAAGCUUCUGUUCCUGCCAUGGGAUUGGAAACAUAUUACAUUGCUGUCGGAUAUGUUGGAUGUGAGAAAGCCAAACAAGCAAAACUUAAAUUUGCCACAAAGUCCAAUCAUUUGCCUUGCCCUGCACCAUAUGCUUGCUCAAAGUUAGAAGGUGACACAGCAGAAAUCCAAAAUCGGCAUCAAACACUCACCUUUGAUGUUAAGCUUGGUUUGUUGCAGAAAAUAAGCCACAAGGAUGGUUCGCAAAGUGUUGUGGGUGAAGACAUAAGCAUGUAUUCUAGUUGGGGAAGUGGGGCUUAUCUAUUCAAGCCCACUGGUGAUGCUCAGCCUAUUAUCAAAAGUGGUGGUCAACUGGUGAUUUCUGAUGGCCCUCUGAUGCAGGAAGUUUUUUCUUAUCCAAAGACAACUGUAGAAAAGACCCCCAUCUCUCACAGCACCCGCAUAUAUAAUGGAGAAAAGAAUAGCAUACAGGAAUUUGUAGUUGAGAAGGAAUAUCAUGUUGAGCUUAUUGGUCAGGAUUUCAAUGACAAGGAAUUGAUAGUAAGAUACAAGACAGACAUUGAUAACAAAAGGAUCUUUUACUCUGAUCUAAAUGGCUUUCAAAUGAGCAGGAGGGAAACCUAUGAUAAGAUUCCUCUGCAGGGGAAUUACUAUCCAAUGCCUUCUUUGGCAUUCAUGCAAGGAUCCAAUGGUCAACGGUUUUCUGUACAUACCCGACAGUCCUUGGGUGCAGCAAGCCUUAAAAAUGGUUGGUUGGAGAUUAUGCUUGACCGCCGUUUAUUGAGAGAUGAUGAACGUGGCCUUGGGCAAGGAGUAAUGGAUAACCGUCCGAUGAAUGUAGUUUUCCACAUCCUAGUGGAAUCCAACAUUUCCUCCACUUCAAAUCCAGUUUCCAACCCUCUUCCACUAGACCCCUCUCUUCUCUCUCAUAGUGUAGGUGCUCAUCUGAACUAUCCCUUGCACGCAUUCAUUGCCAAGAAACCACAGGAAACAGCGGUGCAACAGCCUUCAAGAUCCUUCUCUCCUUUAACUGCUUCCUUACCAUGUGACCUGCAUGUUGUGACCUUCAAGGUCCCUCGGCCGUCAAAAUACCCUCUGCAGCCCCCUGAAGACCCCAGAUUUAUUCUGAUGUUGCAAAGGCGAAAGUGGGAUUCUUCCUACUGUAGAAAGGGCAGGUCACAAUGCACACGUAUAGCCGACGAGCCUGUUAAUCUGUUCUCCAUGUUCAAGGGGCUUACGGUGUUGAAUGCCAGAGCAACUUCUCUAAACCUCUUGCAUGAGGACACAGAGAUGCUUGGGUACAGUGAAAAGGUUGGAGAAGCUGCUCAGGAGGGUCCAGUGCUUAUCUCUCCCAUGGAAAUACAGGCUUACAAAUUGGAACUGCGUCCCUAACAAAUGUAUACGACAGUCUUAUCGUAUCGCCCUUCCUCAUGGUGGCUGAGUGAGCUGGGGUUAGUGGCCAAAAAGACCCUGUUUCUUCAAAUCCUCAUCAAAUAAUUGUGGAAUUGGCUUACCGCCCUCAGGCCAGUGACAAUAUGUUGAAGCAGCAAGAUAAUUAUCAGUAGAAUGUUGUACAAGUUCUUCAAAUAGUUGAGGUUCAGUGACCUUCGCUUUUUCUUUUUGUUUGAUAUACAACCACUGUCUUUAAAUCAAGCGAUGGGAAAACCCUUUUUUUUGGUGAGUCAUUGUUGGAGUUGGGAGGAUUGUAGCAUCAGUGUCAGUAGUUUCCAGAAAACACUAAAACAUCAUACCAUUAUAAUGUUUUGAGUAUAUAUUCUCUGCA